UAAUACAAGGCUUAUUUUUUGUCAUGUUAAUGUCGCAUUAAAGUAAGGGGCCUUACAUAAUAAGUUAUGUCACUACUCACUAGUAAAAAAUUCAACGAUCAUCUUUCUUCUUGACCGAGAAACUAAAGACUAUCCAACCAAUCCUUGCCACACUGAAAUUAAGUAAACCAGGUUAAAGAAUUAGUCAAACAAGUUCAUUCAAUGCAGUUUGCAUCACUACACAUCCAAUUCAGUGAAAGAACCAUGUUGGAAUUUGACUUCCAAAAGUCAACAAAUUGUUUGUCUUUUGCUUCUAAUUCAUCUCCUCAACACCUCUAUCUCAUUGCAUUAAUAACAAGUUGCAUCACAAACAAGAUACUAACUAGUACUAAUAAAGAGAAGAGAGGAGAGGAGAAGAGAAGAGUACAACAGAGGAAGGUUGAUGGGGAGGUUGAAGUUGAAUAGUGAUCCAACUCCAAAACUCAAGCACUUCAGUCAUCCACAUGAAUUAGAGCUAUGCAUCCAACUCCAGAAUAAUCCCACACCUUGUUCAGGAUGCAAACUACCAUCAUCACCCCAAAUGUACACAUGCAAGCCUUGCAAUUUUACCCUCCAUUUGAGCUGUACUCAGUUCCCAAAGCUGAUAAAUCACCCUGCUCAUCCAGACCACCCUCUGGCUCUCCUUCCGAGGUCUAAAUACCCCCGUGGCCUUUUCAAUUGUGAUGCCUGCAACCACCGCGGAGAUGGAUUCAGCUAUCACUGCAGAGACUGUGAAUAUGAUCUCCAUGUGAUCUGUGCAUCAAAACCCCUCAAAAUCACACAUCAAUUGCAUCAAUGCCAGCUGGAACUCACCUUCAAGAAUCCUUAUGCUGAUGCCAAAGGUUUCUCUUGUGAUGUAUGCCAGAAGAUUGGAGUUAAGCAGUGGCUUUAUAGAUGUGGCACUUGUGAUUUUGAUGUUCAUUUGGAUUGUUCAAAUUCUUCCCCAAAAUCAGCAGUUCAAGGGUCAACUAUCCUCCAGCACCACCAUUCAUUCCCUGGGGCAACAAGUUCACAUAACCAGUUCCAGCACCCUCCUAUGGUGGAAAAAAAGAGGCCUAACCAGUUGGUGCAAAGUGCAAGUUCAGGUGCAAUGGGAAACCAGCUCCCACAGACUCCCAUAUUAUCAGGACAAGCAAUGCCAAAUCAGUACACACAGGCCAGUCUGGGUACAGCCCAAGCAAGGCCAAACCCAUUACUCUAUAGUACAAGUACAGGUUCAAUCCCCCAGCACCAAUCCCUGCAACCUCCUCUAAUUCAAGGACUGGUUAGGCCUGAUCAAUACAUACAGUCUCCUGGGACAAACAAUGAUAUGAUGAAUGCUGCAUUUCAAGGACUUGUGGAAGUUGCAGCUCAGCAGGUUGGUCAAACGAUCAUGCAGGGAUUCGUAGGUGGUGGUAACAACAGUGAUGGGAAUGAAGGCUCUUCAAUUCUGAGAAGCAUUUUUGGUGACUCGUCACAGAACUAAACAUUUCAUACCCUUUCCAUUUCAAUAUUAUUAUCAGUUAAUGUAAAAUAGGCACAACUUAAGGUUAAAAUAGUAUCUUGGUAAACUACCACCCUAUUUUUCUUUUAGAUGCUUGGAAAUGCCAUUAUUAUGCUAUAUCCCUUGUCAUAAUCAUGAGCCAUGAACUCACAAUGCAAUACUAUCAAAAAAAAAAAUUACAUCUUGAUAAAUGCUUAUGAUUUAAUACUUGAUUAUCGAGGUUUUUUGUUCAAUAUUGACAAUCCAGUUGUGAUUAUCAAAAACUUGGGAAAAUCCAACAGAUCCACCGCCCUUCUCUUGGUGAGAUGACCAAACCUACCAUCUCUCAACGCCCAACUAAGGCGUUUGGAGUUACAGUGGUUGAAGAUUUGAAUUUAUUAAGAACAAACAUCAUUAUAUUCAUGCAUCUGGAUGAAGCGGUUGUCAGUAUGCCAACAAACAUCACCGCGUUCUGUAUUGUAUUAAAUGGUUUCACACUAUUCAGCGAUUAGUAUAUGGAUAUUGGCAUUAAAGAGAAGCAUUGACAUGGUAUUAAAUUCAGCCAACUCGUUUGCUAAAUAUUGGAGAACCAAAUGAAGAGGAGAGGGAGCAAAGGAUGUUCAUUAGUUACUGAUAUGUUUGCAUCCCACCUGGAGUGUCGUUCCAGGAAGUAGCUAUACUAUAUCUAACUAAAAUGAGAUUUGAGACUAUUAAAACCCAUAAGCAUCUUAUUCAAUAAUCUAAAAAUAAUGAAAAACACUAUCUGCAUACUAACCGACAACGGACAACAAUGAAACUUACACCAGAACUACAAAUCAAAAUCAAUGCUCUGGGAGCAAUAACAUUUGGGAAACAGGAUAUAUCCCUGUAUAACAACAACAACAACAACAUACCCAGUGUAAUCCCACAAGCGGGGCCUUGGGAGGGUAAUGUGUA